AUGUCAAUUAACAUGGAAAAUGACAUGGACAACGAGGCAGAGACUAUUGGUGCAGAACUCAAAUAUUUGAUUAAUAAAAGAACUACGAAAAGAAUAGUGUACUAUUCAAGCAUAGAAAGUGUGUCGGUGAUUACAGUACCUAUUAGCAUCAACCCAACUUCGGGGAUUAGCAAGUCUAAGAGACAAACCUCCGGGGAAUAUCCAAAGCUGUUCGGAGAUAUCGAUAGUAUCAGUCUAAGUUUUGAACAGGAAGAAGAUAAUGAUUACUUUAUUGGAGUUUCCGCAUGUUCACUCUGA